CUGUGAUUAAACAAGGAUUAUUUCCAGCAGAUGAACUUUGUUUAACUUGUAAUAAGGCAGCUAAUAUACGUUGUCAUGAUUGUGAUAGAAAAUCACCACAUAAAAUUAUAAAAAAAAAAAUCUAUUUACAGCCAUUAUGUCAAGAAAAUUGCAAUCAUGAAAUUGGAAACAUUACUUUAAUUCUUUUAAAAGGCAA